ACCCUAAUGUACUAAAAUAAUUCACUUCCACUUUCAUUCUGACUCGCUGCCAUUCUAAGCCUUGUACUUUAUACUGAUAUUCAGCUCACAGCCGAGGGGGAUGAGAAAGAGAAGUGCGAGCAGAAAGUAACAGGGAAGAAGAAGAAGAAGAGAAGUAGAAGAGACGACAGAUACAGAGAGAGAAGUAGACUGACUACUCAAUAGACAAUGAACCGAAUUGAAGGCAGAAGAAACCAGGAUGUUACAGGACAUGCGGGAGGACAACCAGUGCCUGAACUUCUGGUUCUGGCUGGCGUCUUGGUUUUGUCCUGGUACCUCUUCCUGCUCCCUGAUAAAUCAGUUUUCUUUUCUCAUUCCAUGCUGGUGAUGCUCAUAUGGCUUGUAGUGACCUACCUGGAAAUGAAUAUCAUUCUUUGGAUGGAAGUUGCAUCAUAUUACGCUACUAUUCUUCUUACAUUUCUAUCCAGUGGAACAGCCGUCUUGAUUAUUGCCAAAAGAUUCAACUCCAGUGCACGUGUCUCUCAUGAAGUCAACUAUCCUGACACGCUUCUGGUUCUGGCUGGCGUCUUGGUUUUGUCCUGGUACCUCUUCCUGCUCCCUGAUAAAUCAGUUUUCUUUUCUAUGGGUUUGAUAAUCACAACUUUUGCUGUAGGAUCUUUACUCAUCAUCUUCGCAAGCAAUUCUCAUUCCAUGCUGGUGAUGCUCAUAUGGGCAGCUUUAGUUACCUACCUGAAAAUGAAUAUCAUUCUUUGGAUGGAAGUUGCAUCAUAUUACGCUACUCUUCUGGUUCUGGCUGGCGUCUUGGUUUUGUCCUGGUACCUCUUCCUGCUCCCUGAUAAAUCAGUUUUCUUUUCUAUGGGUUUGAUAAUCACAACUUUUGCUGUAGGAUCUUUACUCAUCAUCUUCGCAAGCAAAUCUCAUUCCAUGCUGGUGAUGCUCAUAUGGGCAGCUUUAGUUACCUACCUGGAAAUGAAUAUCAUUCUUUGGAUGGAAGUUGCAUCAUAUCACGCUACUAUUCUUCUUACAUUUCUAUCCAGUGGAAUAGCCGUGUUGAUUAUUGCCAAAAGAUUCAACUCCAGUGCACGUGUCUCUCAUGAAGUCAUCUAUCCUGACACGAGUCCGAGGUCUAGCAAAAAAGCAACAAUUGGAAUAUUUUCCAGAUCCAGCCCUGAGGAAUACAACUGGCUUAUAAGUUACCUGAUAGAGUCCACAGGUCACACUGUCUUACCUUUUGUCAUCACCAAUACUAACAGCUUUAAAUUCAGAGAAGAGGUGUGUCGAUGCAAUUAUGCCAUAUUGUAUCACUCCAUGAGUAGAGGAAGGAUCAAUAUCACUGAUGUGACGGAUUCUUUGUAUGAUGACGAGCUGGAAUAUCAAUCAUCUGAACUAGGCAUAGACAAGGUUGCAGUAGUUGUUGAUGAUCUAGUUGACAGGAGCUCCACUGCUCGAAACAGAAUCCUAAACAGUCAGCCUAAAAUAGCAAAUCUGGCCUGGAAUAUCUUCCUUAUAGACAAAGAAACAAAGCAGAAUAACAGUAUUAUGAGGAACUUGAUGAAUCCCAUCAAAGAAAAGUUCACGACAGAGGGCAGUGGCCACUCCCUGGGAAGUGCUAUUGUUCCAUUGUGCUUCCUUGUUUUAUGGUUUGUUGCCAUUAUCUUUGUCCGAAGUCCUGAUGAUUUUUAUAAUAUCAUUCUUAUAGUGAUAACCAACUUGAAGGUGUCCUUUAUGAUUUACAGAGCUGCAUUUUCAGGCAGUGAUCCUGAUUUGCUUCCAAUGUUUGUGGACAGCCCAUCAAGAAAGAAAACUUCACACCAGAAAAGAAGCCUUGCUUGGCCACUCCUGCCAUUAGUAUCUGCAGUACUUCUGGUUGAAUGCAUUGUUAUGAUUUGGGGAGUUUGGUCAGUACAGAUGGUUCUCUACACAGUGAUUGCUCUUGGGAUGGAUCUUUUGGUCAUUAUGUUAUUUAAUAAGGGGCCCCAGAUUUUCAGUGGUCAUCCAAGAAAAUGCCUAUGAUACUUGGAAACUGAUCUUCAUGCAACUAAGGCUUAUAGAGUCCUGUGCUGGAAUUAGGUUGCACAUAAAACAUCUCCAACCUCCUGUACCCUGGUAUAUAACUCUUCAGUUGCACUCUGGAUAUGGUACAGAUACCCACCUUACCUACAUUCCUUAUCUACCAGCCCCAGAUUCCACCAGCUGCUCCCAGUAUAUUACAGACAGAUUACACACCCACACAGGAAUGGGCAGUGCAAAGCCUUAUCCUUUAAUAAAAUUAUAUUGUUUGUA